CAAAAGCAUGAAAGAAUAUGCAGGAAACUCCAAGGCAAGACCAGAAAGGUGUUCAACUCAGGGAAGCAGAGAGCUAGGGACAGUGAUGUGCCAAUGGACAAAAUCAUCAAGUCUAAACCAGUUGAAAAAAAAAAGACAAACCCAAUUAAAAUGACAAACUGGAGGGAGAAACAUCUGGAUUUCAUCAACUCAAUACGUUCUGCCCGACAGGUAGACCGUGCUUUGAAGACAGGUGGACCACUGCCACCCCCUCCACCACCCUCAAUAAAUCCAGAUUAUAUUCAGUGCCCGCAUUGCAGCCGUAGAUUCAAUCAGAAAGCUGGCGAAAGACACAUUCCCUUCUGCGCCACAAGAUCCAAAACAUAUGGCAGCCCUGUUAAACCGCUCAACAAAAGUGCCGGUGCUGAUGUUGGUUAUAGCUCUACAGGAAUACGAAAAUCUUAUGACAGCAGUGUUGUGCGUAGAAAGCCAAAUGUUGGCUCAUCCAAUUAUGGACUUAAUUAUGAAGACCAACAUUUCGCAGCAAUGCAGGAAAGAAGUCGAACAAAUAUUGGAUUUCGUGACAAUACUUUUAAUAAUAAGCCAACAAAUCGUUACAAUCCACCCGUUAAUCAGCGAUUUGGACAAGGAAAUAGAAGAGCCAAAAGUGCUAAAUUCAACCAGCGUGUCAGGUUUGCUGAUAAUGCUGAUGCUGAUGAUAAUAAUAACAGAAAUAGCUUUAAAGCACCAGUACAUGGUCACAGUUACCCUUCGCAUGGACCUCCGGCCUAUUCGGCCAUAGGUAGUGGUGAUGAUAGAAGUAGGUAUGGUAGCCAAGGCUCUUACCGUACCACGAAAGCAAGUCAGCUUCGUAGCAUGAGUAGAAAUGGACAGAAUCGUCUCGGCGAUGCAAGUACAGUGGAUGGUCAGAAUCCAAGCUAUGAAACAACAACCUCUUUAGAUCUGAAUGGCGGUAGAAAUGGUGCCAUGACAUCCACCAGUCCAAGAGGACGAAGUCCUAGAAGUAAAUCAAAUCCUAAACUACUACAACCACAAAUGCCAAAUGGAAUCUCCCUCUCCCCUCGUCCGCCAACAUCCCCAAGAGGACAACAUUCUGGAGGUCAUGAGGUCCCCGGGUCAUACUCUAGCCCAAGUACACUGGCAUCAGUCGAUGGGUCAACAGGGACGCCGGCUCCAUUCUGCUACAGCUGUGGCACCAUGUAUCCUAUGAUGGAUGCAAGGUUUUGCUGUGGGUGUGGUCAAAAGAGAGCAUAUUUGACACCAAUUUAGAGCAAUGGGUUUGGACACUUACCAAUGAGCCAUCUUGUAGUUUCAAGCGUACAUGGCUGUCGAAUGUCAUCAAUAAAGGGUAGGAACCCUCAUGUUUUUCGAAAGUUCAAACUACAUGCUCACUAUUCUCAAAUCGGCCAUGCUUACAUACCCAGCUGGUUUACAUUACUUUUGGUCAGUUUGGUCAGAUAUAUUAUUAGUUUGACCAAAUAAAGUCCAAUCCAAACAUGGCUUUUAACUACAAUUCGCCCUCGAAUUCGAGACCAUAUUGGGACCAGGAAAUUUGGGGUGGACUAAGAGGUUUGGUCUCCACUUUAAGGUUUAGCCUUGUUUUAAAAGGUUGGCGAUUGUUAUGUGGUUCUUUGAAAAAGUUGUCUCGAAUUAGAAGAGUCUCAAAUUGGAGGGUGUACUGUAUAAAAUUCUGAAAUGCAAACAAGAAUGCUGUAUUAUUGGAUUGGAUUAAAAGUGUAAAGCUGAUUAUAUUUGGUGACUAAAAGAUGGCUUUAUAGCAGAAUGCCUAUGUGAACUUAUAUAAUUUUAAAUCUUUCAUUCUGUCACAUAAAUGAAAUACACUUAUAUUCAUGUUUUAUGUAUUCCACCCACACAUAUAGCAUCUUCAAACCUAGUGUUAAAAAAAUUUACAUUCACGAUAAAAGGGACCGACACAACACAUAUUAUGUGUGCAAUACUCAGAUCAGCUAAUGCAAUUGAUUAAACAAUACAAUUCAGUAUUUGAAUUUCCUACUUUGUACAGUACAAGUUUAUAGAUGUCAAUUGAAAGAAUGAACAAAAAAAAACAAACUAGUUUUCUCGCUAAUUAACAUUAUGCUUAAAACCCGUAAAUUGACUGGUAUUCAUUUUUUAAAGAAUACUUUUAGUAAAAAAUUUGUGAAUUAGUGGAAAUAUAAUUUGUUUCAGUAUGUUUGUCUAUUUGAUAGUUCAUUACAGUUCACCUUCCAAUUCUCGACCACCUUGGAGACCAACAAUAAUGUGGGGUCGUCUCCAGGUUUGGUCUCCAAUUAGAGGGUUAGCUUCAUGUUUAAAGAUUGUUAUUUGGCUCUUUAAAAAAAAAAGUGGCCUCGAAUUAGAGGGGUCUCGAAUUGGACAGUGCGCUGUAUCACAGACCUUUAUGUAUAUAGGGUCAGUGGCUGCAUUUAUCAUUAAGUGAGCAAUAGAUUGUUUUAAUUUAAUCUUUAUUACAUAAUCUACACUUUGUUAUACUUAAGUGUACUAGUGUCUGAGCGUGAAUAGCUGUGUUUACAGUAUGAAUCCGACGAGGAGAAUUUUGGUCAGUACUGUAUGUUAACUUGACUUUGAUACUCGAGUCAAAGCUAAGCAGUUUGGACAAUUUAUAUUUCUAAAUUUAUACUUAACAAGAAAUUUGUAUUUGGACAAUUAAAAUUACUUAGGACAUAACGACUCUACAAUUCACAUCUACUAUCCCAGACCUAAGCUGUUACAAAUGUGGAGGGUCGAACUACUGUAUAUUCAACAAGAGGUCCCCAUAUUUAUAUGCUUCCUAAAUGCAUUUAUGUAGGUCAACAUGUUUUAACGAUUAUUGUAUAUUUGAAUUUUUUUACCUUGUGAAUAUUUGUUUUUAUAUAUAUAUUUGGUCUCGUCGUAGUUACUCGUGAUAAGUUCUAAGAUGUAAUCGUUUUGACAACAGACUGGUGUACGCUUUCUUGACGACCUCCUUGCGUUUAAAUGUGCUCCCACCAACUCCCCAAAUAUGCGGUCUUAAAAAAAAUCUUAUGGAUGGAUCAAAACAAAAGCUUUACAUGUUCUCACAAAGUACUUUGGAUUGUAUAGUUAGAUCCAGAAUUGGGGCACAAUUCUGUGUGCGACUGUGAAUGCCCCCACUCAUUGUUAAACGCUCCAAAUUAAAAGCCAGAAAUACAGUUAAUUGAGUCAAGUUCACUGCCAGCCCAGCUAAGUUUUUUUUUGUUUUGGUUUUUUUCUUCAAUUAACUCAAUAGCAGUUGUGUUAUUUGGACCUGUAAAUAAAGUUAGACAAUAAAGUCGCGUGCUGCUAUACUACUACUGUAUUGUUAUCAUUUUAACUCAUGAUCUAGCAUUCUGUCCGAUAGGGCUCGGAUUGGUGUGAAAAAAAAAAUAAUGUACAUUUUCGUUUAUAUGCUGUAGGUGCAUUAUCCUUUGCAGGUGUACAUAUUAAGUCAUUAAAUUUAUCUUUUAGUUAUUCUAAGAAAGUGUAUUAUAGAAAGAGGCUGAGUGUGUUUAAAACCACAAUAAGUGCAAUUAUGUAGGAACGACUUAAAUUAUUUGUUUGUACAUCGCAACCUGUUUGAAAUGAAUUUGAAAGGUCAACGUGGCUUGACUGAUUGUAACAGUGAAAUAUAUUUAGAUACUUGGAUUGCCA